CCCCGCUCCGCACCGCGGGCUGCAAGAAGUUAAUUUAUUUUUGGAAAAGCGGCUCGCAGAGUUUGUCUAAUUCCAUCCGCACCGGCUCCUUUCACUCUAUUUUAAACCGGUUCUUACUGUGCUCUGCGAGUUGAUAAAAACAAUCACUGCUCCCUGAUAAAAGCGGCCCUAACCCGCGGAGGAAGCAAGGAGCCCCCCAAGCUGCAUCUCCUCCCGGACACUGUAGCUCAGCUGAAAAGUUCGCAGAGGUCAGUUUGGUGUCUGGUUCUCCAUUUGAGCAUCCAAAGUGGAUCAGUCAGAAUCUGGAGCGGUCCCUAAAGGCACGGUGAUGAAUGGUGUGCUCAAACAGGAUCGCUCGGACCACAAAAGUGCCCCAAGUGGAAAUGAAGAAGAGAAGGCAGCCAAAGAAAAGGCUGCUGGUGAAGUGAGGGAUGGCACCAAGCUCCAGCCACCCCCCUUUGCGGAGCGGAAGAAUGUUUUGCAGCUACGGCUUCAGCAGAGAAGGACCCGUGAGCAGCUGGCAGACCAAGGCAUCAUGCCACCACUGAAAAGCCCAUCCGCAUUCCAUGAACAACGAAAAAGUCUGGAGCGAGCCAAGACUGAAGAUUAUCUCAAGCACAAGAUCAGAAGCAGGCCUGAACGAUCAGACCUAGUCAAUAUGCACAUUUUACAAGACUCAGCUGCAGAGGGGUCCAUUCAGUCCACUCAAAUGAAGCUGAAAAGAGCCCGACUGGCAGAUGAUCUCAAUGAAAAGAUUGCUCUCAGGCCGGGUCCUUUGGAGCUGGUGGAGAAGAAUAUUAUUCCUGUCGACUCAGCUGUGAAAGAGGCCAUAAAAGGCACACAGGUGAACUUCUCCAAGCCAUCCGAUGCGUUUGCCUUUGAGGAGGACAGCAGCAAUGACGGCCUGUCCCCGGAGCAGGCCAGGAGCGAGGACUCCCAGGGCUCCACAGAGUCCUCAGCAGGCACCAAAUCCUCCGAGCUGCCGCCCUCAGCCCCCUCAGGGCCAUCCCAGGAUCACCCCUGUGGCACUGAGGGCAAUGCAGCAGAGCUGGCCUCAGGCCAGAGUGGCCAGUGCAACAGCCCCAAGCAAGCGGUGGGGCAGGACAGCCCACCUCUCCCAGUGCCCUCCGUGGUGAAGUCAAAAUCAUCCAGUGAUAGCAAGAACCGUCACAAAAAGCCCAAGGACACCAAGCCCAAGGUGAAGAAGCUAAAAUAUCACCAGUACAUCCCUCCAGACCAGAAGGCAGAGAAGUCCCCUCCACCUAUGGACUCUGCAUAUGCAAGACUCCUCCAGCAGCAGCAGCUGUUUCUGCAGCUCCAGAUCCUCAGUCAGCAGCAACAGCAACAACAGCAACAGCAGCAACAGCAGCAGCAUUUCAACUACCCAGGGAUGCACCAAGGCCAGAUAAAGCAAUCAAAUGAGCAAAUGAUCAAAAGUUCAAAUGCUUCAUCAACUUCUGUCAGCAGCACCCCCCUUUCUCCUGUGAAAACCACCUUUUCAGGCCAGACUUGUGUCUCAUCUAUCAAGCCAGGCCCUCUGCCAUCUAACCUGGAUGAUCUGAAAGUGUCAGAACUGAGACAGCAGCUCCGAAUAAGAGGCCUGCCUGUAUCAGGUACCAAAACAGCACUGAUGGAACGGUUGCGGCCCUUCCAGGAGUGCAGCAGCAAUGCGGUGCCAAAUUUCAGUGAGAUCACAACUGUCACCUUUCCAGUCACUCCAACAAGCACCUUGUCAAAUUACCAGUCGCAGUCUUCCACCAGCAUGUUGUCAAACGGCUUCUACCACUUUGGCAGCACCAGCUCCACUCCACCCAUCUCUCCAGCCUCCUCCGACCUCUCUGUGAACGGCUCUUUGCCAGACACAUUCAACGAUGGGCCCAUGUCAUCUCCACAGUUUGGUCUUCAGCCAUCUCCAGUUCACGGUAGUGCUGAAGAAAGCCUGAUGAGCAGCAUGAACGGAGGGAGCAUCCAGCUGGAGCUGGAAGGGAUUGACACAGAGAAAGACAAGAUGCUGGUGGAGAAGCAGAAGGUCAUCAAUGAAUUGACGUGGAAGCUGCAACAAGAGCAGAGGCAGGUAGAAGAGCUAAGGAUGCAGCUGCAGAAGCGAAAGAGAAGCAACGGCCUUGAGGAGAAACAACAGCCCUCCCAGCAUUUCUUUGGUGUCCCCAUCAAGCAAGAAAAUGCAGUGUCCAGCUGUCCCUUCGCAUCCAAACAAACUCCUUUGAAAGGCCAAGCCAGCAGCUCGGAUAAGUUAAGUAACUGUGGGGUGCCUCAGCUGUCUCACAUUGUAAAUAGCCACUGCUUGGAGCCAGCAGGGCAAAGCACCAUCACCUCCUCGACAUUCCUGAGCCCACAGUGCUCCCCCCAGCACUCUCCACUCGGGGCUGCAAAGAGCCCGCAGCACAUCAGCCUGCCGCCGUCCCCCAACAGCCACUAUCUCCUCGCGGUGUCCCCCGGCUCACAGACAGAAGGGCGCAGCGCAUCGCCCCAGACCAGCAGUUGCCUUCGCACAGCAUCGAUGACUACGCAGGCAGGUCAAAAGUUUUCUAUUCCAUCCCCAAGUUUUUGUAAGUCAAGCCCAGCCCUCUCAGAGGGAAAGCAGCCUCCACCCUAUGAGGAUGCAGUAAAGCAGCAGAUGACUCGAAGUCAGCAGAUGGACGAACUCCUGGACGUGCUGAUUGAGAGCGGAGAAAUGCCAGCCAACGCCAAGGAAGAUCGGUCCUGCCUCCAGAAAGUACCUCAGAUAACGGUGUCUACAGGGAACUCCAGCACUCCGCUCCCAAAGCCGUCUGCCCCGUUCGAACAGGUCUCCUCCUCCCAGCUCCCAUUCGAGCACUGUCCGAGCGCUGGUGAUGCUCACCUCGAGGUCCUGCUGAAUGCCCACAGCCCGCUGGGGAGAGUCGGUGAAAUUACCCUGCUGAAGAUGGGAGGAGAGGAGUCCCACUUCGAAGGGAUGAUAGAGGGGUUCUCCAGCAAAGCCGCAGAUGAACUGCUCACCUCCCAGGAGAUUUUACAGACUCCCCUCUCACCCAUGGAAACGCAGCUCUCCCCUUCCCCAGCUGAUGGCUCCGGUUUACAAAUGAGUUUCACUGAAUCUCCAUGGGAAACGAUGGAGUGGCUGGACCUCACCCCCCCCAGCUCCGCCACCGGCUUCAGCUCACUCACUCCCGCAGGCCCCAGCAUCUUCAACAUUGAUUUCCUGGAUGUUACUGAUCUCAAUUUAAACACCAGCAUGGACCUCCACCUGCAGCAGUGGUGAACAGAAGGGCAGUGGAGGCAGGAUACUGUGAGCCCGCAGCAGCCAGCGCAGUGUUUCCUUCGUGCUGGAGAACACGUAGGGCUAACAUGCCAUGUUCAGGGGAAACUGGAGCCAUUUUCCCAGUGAAUGAACUUGUUUGAAUUUUCAGUUACUGCAAACUGACAGCACAACAGCUCUGGUACUUUGGUUUUCUUCCACUGACACAUCUUCACAAAGGAUACCAAGUGCCUUUAUCAACACUCCUUUAGAUUGACAGUUGUCUAUAACUUCAUUUUUGUUCUUUUUAUCAUCCCCCCCCUCCAGUUUUAGCAGUCACUCCCAUGAGAACUGGAGCAGCUCACAACAAAACCGCAUGGUGAGGAGAGCUCACCUGAGAAGCAACAGGGAAGCAAGCACCCAGAGGUUGCUGCCCCUCUCCCUCCUGCCUGUGCAGCCCUGUAGGCCAUCCCGCAGGGCUCCCCUCAGCCUUGCCCAGGUCAGGAGGGCUGGGAGCAUGGAGGAACAAGGGCUCUGCCCAGCCAGGGCAGUGAGCACACCCCUCUGUACAGCCAGACUCACCUCGCAUCCUUCCUCCUACCCCCAAAGCCCCGGAGCUGUGCUGCCCCAGUCCCUGCACAACUGUUUGAGCGAGCGAGAGAUGGAGCCCACCGUGUUUGUGGUGGUACCUUGGGAUGUUCUCAGACUGUCUGGGGGUCCGAAAACCAAAGAGCUGAGUCAGGAUGCAGCCCGAGGCCUUGGAGCGGAGAGGUGUGGACGCUGGAGGCAGGCGCUCAGGCUGCAGGUGCAGGUGUUGAAGGGAUGUGGCAUUCCAGAGGAGCUCAGCUUGUGUGGUACAGAUAAAGAGAUGUGUAAUGCGUUGUGGUCCAAGGUAGGAGCAAGUCGUAUGGACAAUCCAGCAUGGCUUUGGAGGGGCUGUCUCUGCAGAGCCACAACUCGGGGUGGCUCUCCACCACCCAGCAGCCAGGAGCAGCCCCACUCCUGAGCACGGAGCAGGGCUGAGCAGGUCCUUGUGGGGCUGCAGUUUUGUGUGAGCAUCUGCUUUUGCUGUCUCUGCUCUCUGCCAUCCAGAACGCUUCCUUCUUCUCUUCCUCCUUGAUCCUCAGCAGUGAUCCUCUUCUCUCCUGAGUUUACUCCGGCAUCACCCAGCUCAGAGCGAGGCCGUCUGGAGAACAGCUGUGAAUCACUGAGCCUAGAGGAGCUCGUUCUUCUGAAGCCAGCGGAGAUGGAUGCAGUGAUGCCUCCACUUCGAAGUCACCAGCAUUUCUCCUGCGAGUCUCUGUGCAAUAUCCUUCCUCAGGCUCCGGCGAGAAGGAGCCUUCACUUCACUUCUUGGCUGCCACCAAAGAACUUGCUACAGACUCUUUGACAGACACGUUGGCUUUGCAAUUCUGGUUUUGCCAAAGUAAAUAUUGUUGCUGACAAAGAUUGUUAAACUAUUUACAGACUGAGUGUAUUUAAUAUUUGUGUUACUGGAAGGACAGCGCAUCGGCGACGCGGCACUGGGGAGGUGCACUGUGGGUGCGCACCCGGGUGGCCCCGCUGCCCCCGCUGCGUCUCCGGCUUGUGGCGAUGUUGCAUGCUGUAUAAAGAACACGGCAGUAGCUUUUGAGUCACUAUUUAAAGCCUCACUUUUCUAUUGUACAAAUGGUCACAGUGCACUGCUAGGAUAGACGGUCACAGGUUGCGUUUUUUUAAUUUCUUUUUCUAAGGGAGAAAUUUUUAGGAGCCGUUCCAUGGAGAAUAUUAAUAGCACUUGAAUCAGAGUAGUGUUAGCUGCUACACUGCGCCGUUGUACAGGGCUUUCCAGGUAACUUUCUCCUCUCAGCAAAUGUAUUUCCUUAUUUAAAGGGAUGCUGUCAGCUUCGAACUUGUAAACAAGCACAUUUCCUUACCUAUGUUACCAGCAACACCUUCAUUAUUAAAAACCCCUUUGCCUUGCUGCUCUGCCUGCUCACAGUCUGCUGCUCCAUUCCGCCCACAGCCAUUGGCCCAUGCCAGCCCCCCACCUUCCUUACGGAUGUUUGCUUUUAAAGGAGAGGGACGAGGGACAGGUAUCCAGCCCUGCAGGACAAACUGACCGCACAGCACAGAACGGUGUAGGCUGGAGGGGACCUUAAAGAUCAUCUAGUUCCAACCCCUGCCAUGGGCAGCGCUGCCACCCACCAGACCAUGCUGCCCAGAAAGGAAAAUCUGUGCUUGAAGACAUGUGUGCAACUUCUGCAGCUCUUCCUCUGUAUCCGUGGGGUUCUCCUGGGUCUCCCUGUCUCAGGUCCUCCCGACACAGGCACGGCCCUCUGCUCCCAGGGGGCUCCUUCUCCCCGUACCCACUCAUGACCAUAUCCAGUUUCACUGCACCUCUCCCUCAGUUCAGAGGGUUCCGAGGAUGCUUCCCGCCUGCUUGCAGGGGCAGCUGCCUGCCUGUCCCAAGAUGGGCUUGAAAGGUGGAAUGAUCCAGAGACACUGCUCCAGGAAAGUGAACCAGAGAAGAUGUAGAUGACGUACCAACUAGUUCCUAUGAACGGCUUUUAAUCUUUUAACCACACACUGCAUAAAAACCCUGUUGUGAUAAACUGCCUGGGCUGAGCCAAGCUCUGCAGCCCUGCUCCAUGCCAUUGUGCUCUGCAUCUCGCAGCGCUCCCGCCUGCUGCUCCGUGCCCUCGUGCCGGGCACUGCUGGGGCUGCUCCAUGCCCACUGCUCCAUGGCCCCAGAGCCAGUGCCCCUGGAUUUGCCCACCUGGUUUUCCCACACGGCCCUUCCCAAGGGAUUUAAGGUCCAGGGAUUUCGCUUCCUGCUGCAGCCAAGCAGCAGAUCCCGUGAUGUCCCAUGCUGGGUUUUACAUAUGCCCUCUUUGUUUAAGGCUUUAUGUAAGGCUUUACCCUACCCCAGGCCUGCAGCCUUGGGCUCUCGGGAUCCUCCUGUGCCCCACCACACCCCACACCCGGCAUCUCCUACAUUGUGUUUCACUGUGGGCAUGGCUGGCUCUUCCUACACAGAGUAACUACUGGUAAUUACUAGUUAUUAGUUACAAAAUAUAUACAUAGCAGUGUGUUGCAUCACAAUUCUAAGAAAGCAAAAACAAAGCAGGUAAUGGUCAUCCCCUCAUUAGAUAAUUACUGUUAGAGCUGAACGAGCCAAAGCAAAGCUCGCAGCAGGCGACAAGGAGCCCAGGUGCACUACAACAGCACAGGGCCUCAGCAGAGGCUGCUCAGCACCUCCUGAGCUGCUCAGCAGUAAGAAAGCGCUAUCCAGGAACAUGUGAACAUGUGCCCUUCCAAGCACUUCCCCUUCCUAGUGCCAAGAUGAGCCAGCACGGUGCAAGGAGAUGGCUCCAGCACCCUCACUGGAAAUGCACUGCUGAGCCUGCAUUCUUGCAGGAAGCAGGAACUGGCUGCAUUUCAGGGUGGUUUCCACCAACAUCUUGAAAUUGGGAUCAAUUCCAAAUGUCUUCAGGAAAUCAUUGCAAUGUGGAGUCCCAGAAUCUGAGGGAGGGAGGCAGGAAUGAAGGAUGAAAGGAUGGGAG